UUGCGUCUAAUUAAUUAUUGAUAAGAUGUCCUACUCAAACAGCCGUCGCAUGCGCAUUUGCAGACUUUGAUUUCUUCGCACUGAAUUUAUUAUAUUCAUUCAGGCGAUGAAACUGAUCGAUCAAGUCAAUGAAGAACUAACUGGCCGGAAAUGAUCUUCCGUCUCCUGCUUUCCGUUUUCCUCUUCUUUCCGUCGGCGGCAGCGGCGGCGUCACUGGCAAAGCCGGGCUGCGAAGAGUGGUGCGGAAACGUCUCAAUUCCGUUCCCUUUCGGAAUCGGUGAGGGCUGCGCUCUCAAUCCAUGGUUCUUAGUAAAAUGCGAUAAUAGCAGCAAUAAUCCUCCCAAACCAUACCUAACCUCAUUCCUCCCAAUCGAGCUCCAAGGAUCAGUGGUGGCCGUUUCGCUACAGAACCAAACCAUCACCACUCUAAAAUCCGUUAUCAAUUUCUGCGAUAAUUCCGCGGGUAGGUACGCCAUCACCAACGGCACAGAUCUCUCCGCCUCCCCCUUCUACUACUCCAAAUCGCGCAACAAAUUCCUGUUCGGCGGUUGCGGCAACUCCCUGCUCACUCAGAACUCCGCCGUCCUCGCCGGCUGCACCGCCAUUUGCGGCGAAAACAUCAGCUCCGGAUUGACCGGAUGCUACGGCAUCGACUGUUGCGAGAGUCCCAUUCCCUUCGAUCUGAGCUCCUACAGCGCCAAUUUCACAAAUUCGGGAAUCCAGAGCGGCGCCAACCCCUAUAAUCUCUCGAGAUGUAAUUCCGCUUUUUUGGUUGAUCAGAGAUGGAUUCCUAAACAAAGUACCUCAUUGUUUUCUGAUUAUGCCCCCGUUGUAUGGAUUUGGACGGUUCAAGCGAAGGAUUUUCCGGCGGCCACCAUCUGCCGCACCUCCGAUGAUGCUGCCGUUCAGCUGGCCGACGGCACCUCUGUAUCUAACUUCCGAUGUGACUGCCCAACAGGGCAGGAGGGAAACCCAUACAUUGCUCAUGGUCAUGGAUGCCAAGCGUGUGCCAGUUGCGGACCCGACCCUAUUACCUCCCGGAAGCUGUCCAUAUUUGGAAGCAUACUGAUAAGUGCAGGCAUACUAGUCUUUGUAUUAUGUACCUUUUUCUUGUACAAAGUGGUGAAGAAGAGAAGGGCAAAGAGAAUUAGAGCCAAAUUUUUCAAACAAAAUGGUGGCUUGUUAUUGCAGCAACAAUUAUCAUCCAAUGAAGACGACGUUAUUGACAGAACAAAGCUUUUUACUGCAAAGGAACUGGAAAAGGCCACUGAUCGCUUCAAUGAAAAUCGGAUCCUAGGUCGAGGAGGUCAAGGAACAGUGUAUAAGGGCAUGUUAGCAGAUGGCAGGAUUGUUGCUGUUAAGAAAUCUGUCCGGGUAGAUGAAAGCAAAAUCGAAGAAUUCAUCAAUGAAGUUGUCAUUCUUUCGAGGGUGAACCAUAGGAAUGUGGUGAAGCUAUUGGGGUGUUGUCUCGAGACAGAAGUUCCACUCUUAGUUUAUGAAUUUAUAACAAAUGGUACACUUUUCAGCUUGAUUCAUAGUGACAACCUUAACGAUGAGUUUCCCUUCUCGUGGGAGAUGCGACUAAAAAUCGCAACAGAGGUAGCUGAUGCUUUGGCUUAUCUGCAUUCAUCGUCUUCCAUUCCAAUCUUACAUCGCGACAUCAAGUCUAGCAAUAUCCUUCUAGACGAGAAGUACCGAGCUAAAGUGUCAGAUUUUGGAACUUCAAAGUCCAUUGCCAUUGAUCAGACUCAUGUCACUACUCAAGUGAAAGGAACAUUUGGCUACUUGGACCCUGAGUAUUUUCAAUCCAGUCAGUUUACUGAAAAGAGUGAUGUCUAUAGUUUCGGAGUCGUAUUGGUUGAACUUAUGACGGGAAACAAGGCAAUUUCUUUUGCGACAAAUGAAGAAGAGAGAAGUCUUGCCACACGAUUCCUUUUGGCUAUGGAGGGGAAUCGACUCUUCAAGAUUCUUGACAAACAAGUGUUGGAACAAGGCAAAAAGGAAGAUCUCAUGGUAGUUGCAGACCUUGGUAGGAGAUGUUUGGACUUGAAUGGAAAAAAGAGGCCGACCAUGAAAGAAGUGGUAGCAGAACUAGAAAAGGUUAAAUCUGGCACAACUUCAUCCGUGACAAAGAAUUUUGAGGGAAAAAGGGUGUGGGAGAUUGAAACAACUACAUUUUCUGAAACUAAUUAUACAUGGACAACAACAGAGGAGAAUUGCAGUACUACAUCAUUAGACGCACACCCGUUAUUGUUCGAUACACUGUGACAUUGUUUAAUCGAUAGUAUUUUUGACAUGCACUAAUUUUAUGUAAUUGUUGUUAAAUUGGAUUAAAUCGUUACAUUUGAUAAGUUUGAUAGUCUAAUGUUUAGGCAUUACGCUUCUCCUCA